GUUCUCUGAUUGGAUGGUGGUGGGUGGACGUCAGGCAUAGAAAACUAAGUGUGGGGGUCGCUGUGUAAGUUAGUGGGUCGGCGGCUCUGGGAGUAGAAGGAACCAUAGGCACCGAGAGGGGAGCCGGGAAUCCACCCUGGGGCAGCUGAGGACCGGUAAUUUGUGACCUGACCAUGAGGCUGACGCUGCACAAGAAGAAGAUUGCUGCCUUGGUGCUGGUUCUGUUUGCGUGCGCUGGUUUGCUCCAUAUCUCCACCCGCCGGAAUGAAGAUCAAUUCCUACUCAUGGCCCCGGGCCCCAGUGAGAAGAGUAACAUCUCUGACUUCCAGGUGCCCAUUGGCCCCCCGCUGCAGAUGAGACUGACUGCUUACCGCAACAACCUGCACCAGCCAGUUCUAAACGCUGACAAAUUUCCUGGUCACCCUGAGCUGGUGGUAGUGGUCCAAAUGCGGGGUGGGCCUGGGAGUGGUGCUCGUUUGCGCCUCCUGGCUGAAUCUCUGCGGCCAGCUGGGCCUCGGGCCAAUAGCCGUCUGUUGCUGGUGCUGAGUAUGGAGAAGCCGUGCCCUGAGGUUGUAGAUGCCAUGCUGGCCAUAGACUUUUGCCGGGUGCUGCCCAUCUACUUUCCCUACAGCCUGAGCUUCUACCCAGAGGAAUUUCCCGGAGCAGACCCCAAAGACUGCCCCAGGGAUUUAUCCAAGGAAUCUGCCCUUCAGCAGCGAUGCAACAACGCUGAGUUCCCGGAUAGUCACGGGCACUACAGAGAAGCGCCAUUUGCUCUGGACAAGCAUCACUGGUGGUGGAAGCUCCAUUUCACGUGGGAGAGGCUGCGGGAGGUGAAUGGCUAUGGGGGGUAUAUAGUAUUUCUGGAGGAGGGCAGCUAUCUGCUCCCAGACUGGCAACACAUGCUGCGCCUCAUGCAGAAACAGUGCAAGGAGGAAGGAUGCCAGUUGCUCAGCCUUGGAGGCACUGCCAGUCCCGAUCCUUCGCCUGACCCCGAACACAUGGAAGUGAGUGGCUUUGUUGCACCAAAGCACCGUUCUGCAGUGGGCAUACCCCGGGAACUGUACUACCAGCUGAUGGGGUGCCUGGCGGAAUUCUGCACUUACGAUGAUUAUAACUGGGACUGGAGCCUGCAGCACCUCUCUGCCUCCUGCCUUUCCCACCCACUCAAAGUGCUCAGCGCCCGCCUGCCUCGGGUACUCAACCUUCCCUCCUCCCCAGAAGACGGUGAAUGUGGGCGCACUGGACCAUGUCCUAGUACAGACACCGCUUCCCAAAAUCUCAGGGAGUUGGUCAGGCAGCUGAGUGGCCGGCUCUUCCCAAGAACUGCAAUGGUCGCCAGUCGGCAACAAGAGAUCCGCAAUCCCCCGCAAAUCAAAAAUGGUGGCUGGGGGGACAUCAGAGACCAUGGCCUGUGCCAAUCUUAUGCCAGGCUGUGAUGUAGGCAAUAUGUUUGCAGUCUCUGUUCUUACCAAAGUUCGGAAUAAUCUCAGGAAUUUAAUUGCACAAGAGACCCCUAAUUGCUGCUUUUAAAAUUUGGCUGUUGCGUAGCUCUGCCUUCUGGUCGCAUUUAUCGCCUUUGUGCCCUCACCCUGGUGCCUUACCUAUGGACGUAGCCUUUCAGAUGAUUCCCAGGAGCAUUUUUAAACACUUUAAAGACAGAAAUGGAUUUUAUUUCAUGAAAUUGUUUUUUUGUUUUUAGAGUAAUUAUAUUAUUUCCUUCCAGAUGCCUCACUGUGCCAGGGCUGUAGGGCAUUUGAUAUAUCAGGACCAAAGUUUAUAGGAGCCAAAACUGACAGGGAGCUUUCCUCUGCCUUAUACCCUGGCACUGAGUCACUGACAUGCCUAUGUGCCCCCCAAAUUCUUUUUAGAGGGGUUACAAAUGGUUGCUCUGUAUUUCUCCUAUUGCUGCCCCACUCCCCCUUCCCCCAGGCUUUGUGGGGUUUGUCCCUAUCUUUCCAUGUUGGUGCUGUGUGUCAUGUUGCACUAAUGUGCUGCUGAUAUUUUAUCUAUUUAAUCUAGUUACCUCUGAUUACACAGUAUUAAGGGAAGUUACUCGUUUAUGGAGGGUUGUACUGGGAGCGAUAUCACUUAUUGGUGCUGCGUCAGCAGAUUGUGCUCGUGCUCAGAUGACACUUGCUUCAUAUCCUUGGUUCAAGGGUCACAAGGCUGGUUUAUGUGCGUGUGUACGGCCAGGAUACAGUGUCCCUUCAGCUCUGUUGGGAAACCUCUUCUUUCAGUUAAUUACAGGGAUAUUCAUGGUGCUCUGGACGGCAUGUAGUCACCUUCUCUUGCAGAAAGCUGACAAUUGCCACGGUGCCUACUCUCUGUGCUCUAAUCAAAGGGGAAGUUGGCCGCUACUAUUUUUAUUUACUUCACUUUUGAGCUGAGCCUGAGGCCCUGUUAAGGGUUACAAAACAAAAAGAACCGGUGACAGGAAAAAGUGUAUGCACUACCACAAUCAAAAAGAUUUCAAUAGAUUAUGCUAACCACCAAAGAUUGUUUAUGUGGGAGGGAUAUACUCACAGUUCACCCCAGUCUACAGGUGCAU